CAGACUCCUGGUUUUUGGAAUAUCUAAUCACAAAAACUUCCAGCCUUCUCUGUUGUGUGUCAUUCUUCAAUGCUUCCUGAAUCCUGAUUUUGCAUUUCUAAUGAAGCUGAACUGACAAAGCGUGAAAGUGGUCUAAAGGGGAAAAACAAAGAAAGCAACCCUGUUUUUACUGGCCAAGACUAAUCAAUAUUCCAGAAGCUCAGCUCUCCCCCCUUCAGUUGUGUUUUUUAUUUUUUCCCCUGAGUUGGAUUAAUAGUCUCCUCCCCUUUUCUUAAGUUACAGUGAUAGUAAGUUGCUGUAUCUAGAGCACAUGAAUAUUGUCAGUCUUCUCCUUCUCUCGCUCACUGAAUUUUUCACCUCUAUUGUACCUACUGGGAAAUUUACCUUAUUGGUUGCCUUUUGUGCUUGGAUCAUUGCAGAAUUUGAGAAGCUUCCUCCUGCACUUCCCAAGGAAGAGGGUAGGCUGUCUUUCUGGGGAGAUUUUAAGAGCCGUAAAUUGUAAUAGAAGAAAUCACUUUUCAAAAUAUAGAUGACUAAAAGUAACGGAGAAGAUCCAAGAUCUGGAAAUAGGAUGGAACGCUUUCAGCAGGGAGUCCGGAAACGUACACUCAAGGCAAAAAAGAAAGUGCAGAGCAUAACUAAGGAUGAUGUUAAAAGUUACCUAUUGAGGAAUGCUUUUGUGCUCUUCACCGUCAUUGCUGUCAUUGUUGGUGAGUAAUUUGAUCUCUAG